CAUAGACAUGUCAUUUUGAUUCUUCUAAAACUCAGGGCUCUAGAAGGUGAGGGCCUCUCGGCUUGCAGGGCAGUGCUGCUCCAAGGUUUUGCCUUGAACAACUGUACAGAUAGAAUUGCCAUCAACUGAGAAGGGGGUGCAGGAAGAGAUCAAUCAGGGUGACGAGAUAAGUUUGGGAGUACAUAUAGCUGAGUUCUCUGUUAGAUAUCCUAAUGGUACCGUAGAGAAGGGCAAAAGGAAAAAAUUCAAUUUCUAGUAAUACCUGGAAUAUAUCAAGGGAGACUGAAAGCUGUUUUUCACUACAGCCAUUCUAACCAGCUAAAGCUGUUUAAAAAACCAUGAACUUUAAGUGACUCCAGACCCUUACUGAACCCGUUCCAUCCAGGAAUUUGUAUUAACCCAUCACAUAUAAACCUAUGGACUAUCCUAUCCAGAGCGUUAUUUUUCAUUUUUUAUUAGCCAAAACUUUAUGAACCCUGCUUUCUCUGACCUACAGUCCCCUCCGACUUUUCCCUCUAGUGAACUACUCAUUGAAUGUCUUCACUAGUAUGUGUUCCCUUGCCUGGAAUAUUAGUUAUUUGUUUUUUUAACUUUGGUGGUCUUUGUUUUAUUCUUUGGCAACAAGCAGUUGGAUAUAAAUUUGGGAGUCUUCGGCACAUAGAUAUUAAUGAAAGUGAUGAGACUGGAUGAGAUCAACAAGGCAGUGAAUAAAGAAGAGAACCAAGGACUGAGCUCUGGGGCUAAUAUUAAAAGAUUGGAGGGAAGAGGAGGAACGUGUGGAGGAGACAGACAGUAACCAGGGAGGUAGAAGGAAAACUAAGAGUAAUGUCCUUGAAGCCAAGUGAAGAACUGUAUCCAAGAGGAGAAAAUGAUCAACUGUCAGAUGUGACUAGACAGACAACUUGAUGGAGCCAGCCGUAAUGUGCAGUUUGAACUUGCCAUUUCAAAUUUGUUUACCAAAGCAAUGAUUUUGUUAGCUAGCUUCCUAACUUUAGUAAAUUUUAAGCAACAUUCGUAGGUUUUCAUUAUAUCGACAGCUAAACUUGUGUUGGAAACAGAUUUUUCCUAUAAUUCAUUUUUUGUGAAUUUAUCUCAUUGCCAAUAUGACCAGUUUUGUGAGUUGGUGGUGACUGUUGAAAUAAAUUACGAUAAAAGUCAUCACCAAUCUACAAGAUUUGUAUACUACUAAGAUUUCCAAUAGUCAGUGCACUGUGCUCAGAGCGCACAUUUCACUUCUGACCUGGUCACAAAGUCACUAAAUCAUGAAAUACCCAACAGGAAAUUCUGAGUUUAAAGUCUCUAGUUAUAAUAAAAAUAAGUGCUUUGGAAAACCGUGCUUGUUGUUCAGACAUUCUGAAGUAAUUUAGAUAGAAUGCAUUUGUUGCAUCUUGACUGCAGGUUGGAAAACUCCAAAUAUAUUGAGUUUCUCAUAAGGAAAUGGCUUGGGCUUCCAGAUUACAUCUUAUUUUUUACCCAGUCAAGUUUGUAUUGUAUCAUUUUUCCAUACGAAAUAUCUUUCCCAACUACACCUGCCCUUAGGGACUCUGAAUUACACACUUAAAGUAUCCUUUCCAAAUGAGCUGAAGAAUGGCAUUCUGUUAAAAAGAUGAACAGCUGGUCAUGUAGAAAUUCUCUGGAAUGCUUGUCUUACAAAGGCAAGCAAAGAACUGAGAUGUUAGGUGUAGUGCUUGUUAUUGGUACACAGAUUUUUUUUUUACAUAAUCUUACUAGAAAUCUUUACAUAAUUUUAGUAAUUCCAUUUUCCCUUAAAUGACUGCUAAUCCAUUAACAAUGUGAAGGCUCUGAGAACCUGUCAAGUACAAUUCAGUAGGACUCAGGAUUUUGCUGGAAUUGCCCCGUUUGCUAAGACAUUGUUCCUUAGAUUAAGAUUCAGGACCCUACUGUGUUUAAAAAUUAUCCUUUGUUCUCAAUUGCCUUGAGAUUAACUUUGAAUUUCUUAGCAUGGCACAAAGGACUUGACCCUUGCUCUGCUCUCCAAGCUCAUCGUUCACUUCCCCUAUUGAGUUCUUUGUUCCAGCCACAUGAAACUAGCAGAUGAGCUAAGCGCUCUCCCUUCUUCCUUCUUGGGCAAAAGCAGCAGUCUUUUCUCUUGCCUUGGCCAACUCUGGCUUGUCCACACCUGGUUUAUUUCUUCUUCAUGUGAUUCUUAUUUAUAUCCUUAGGGAAGGUUGGGGGUCUGUGUUUACUGAAGGGAUGAGUCUCCACCAUAAAAGGUUUGGUUUCGGUUUAUGCUCUCUAUCUAUCUCCUUUGUCUUCUCAGAAUUUCUAUAGGACUUGUUUGAAUGUGGGAGUAGGACAGAGCUACGGGGGAGCUACCUUCCUCAGCUCACAAGAUACAUAAGAUUUUGGCCCGUUAGAUGUUUGCAAAGAGAAAGACCCGCAGAGGCCAAGCUGCCGUUUGAAGGGCUGAGCUGUGCCUUGAAGUGUGGGGUCUCAGCAAGGUUAGUAGUUGGAGUUAACAGUUGUGAGAUGUUGCAGACUGCACGGAUAAGUCAAGAAGGAAGCUAGACAGCUUGUGUCCCAGAUGAAGAUAGGCUAGCGCCUGCACUUCCGAUAGAAAAAAGGAAAGCGAGGUGCCAUCUGAAGUGGGUCACCUUCCUCUACCCCUUCCAAACAGGACAGACUGUAGCGCUAGUGCUUUAACAAUCACCUCGGUUCCAUGAAGACCUAGUUAUUGACCGUGAGCGAAUGUGAGUACAAUGACACUAUCCUCUCGGCCUUUGAUGUUUACGUAGGGUCCGGGGUAGGCACAUUUACCGGGACUCCGUGGCUCACAAGCCUCAUCUCCAGCCUCCUUGCUCGCCCUGGCCAGGACACUGGCUCUGCGGGAUGCCGGAGCUCAGCGCAAAUCCCCAGGGCUGGUUCCCGAGGGCAGAGAAACAGCUUGGCGUUCCAGGCACUGUCUGGUCGCCGUGCCCACCUCGCAGCCCCAUCUUCCAUUUCUGAGGCUGUUAGCAGACAGCAGGUCGGGGAGAGGAGGGACGGUGGGGAUGGCCUGUCAGCACCCUCUGGGCGUCGGCAUUUGUCGCCAGGCAGCUGGGGCGCCCUCGGCUGUCGCUCCUGGCAAAGGAGAGGAGUUUCCGGGGCUUGGGUCCCUGCUGCCAGCCCGGGGUAGGAGCGCGGAAGCGAGUGGGCGGCGAGAGGCGGAGCAAGGGACGCGGGGGGCGUGGACGCGAGCGGCUUUGGAAAGGCCCCAAGUUAAUGAGGCGUGCGCCGGCGGCAGAGCGCCUUUCGGAGCUGGGCUUUCCCCCGCGGUGCGGGAGCCAGGAGCCGCCUUUUCCGCUGGGUGUCACUCGGGGGUGGGGGGAAUGGCCCAUUCAAAAGCGCCGCGAGGGGGCCCGGCCAGUGCCCUUCAGUGAGCGCUCACAAGAGGACGGCAGAGGCCCGGCGGCUCGCAGCUCCGGGACCUUGUGGCGCACCAGGACGCGGCUGCCCCUCUGCCCGGACCCCGAGGCGCCGCCGCUCUGCUUCUUUCGUGUUAGCCUCCUCUGCGCGCUCCGGGCGGGCGGCCGCGGGAGCCGCUGGGGCGAGGACGGCGCACGGCUACUGCUGCUGCCCCGGGCCCGGGCGGCUGGAAGUGGAGAGGCCGAGCCGAGCGGCGGCCCCCCCUAUGCCGUUAGGAUGUUGGAGAGUAGCGGCUGCAAGGCGCUGAAGGAGGGUGUGUUGGAGAAGCGAAGCGACGGGUUGCUGCAGCUCUGGAAGAAAAAGUGCUGCAUUCUCACUGAGGAGGGGCUGCUGCUCAUCCCACCCAAGCAGCUGCAACACCAGCACCAGCAGCAGCAGCAGCAGCCACAGCCGGGGCAGGGGCCGGCCGAACCGUCCCAACCCGGAGGCCCCGCUGUGGCCAGCCUCGAGCCGCCGGUCAAGCUCAAGGAAUUGCACUUUUCCAACAUGAAGACCGUGGACUGCGUAGAGCGCAAGGGCAAGUAUAUGUACUUCACUGUGGUGAUGACCGAGGGCAAGGAGAUCGACUUUCGUUGCCCUCAGGACCAGGGCUGGAACGCCGAGAUCACGCUGCAGAUGGUGCAGUACAAGAAUCGUCAGGCGAUCCUGGCGGUUAAGUCCACGCGGCAGAAGCAGCAGCACCUGGUUCAGCAGCAGCCCCCGCAGCCGCAGCUUCAGCCGCAACCCAAACCCCAACCCCAGCCCCAACCCCAACCCCAGUUGCAAUCCCAGCCGCAGCCCCAACCCAAGCCUCAGACUCAGCUCCAGCCGCAGCCCCCGCAGCUCCAUCCGUAUCCGCACCAGCACCCGCACCCGCACCCGCAUCAACUACCGCACUCGCACCAACAACCGCUCUCGCAGCCGCACGGCCACCGGCUGCUCCGCAGCACCUCCAACUCUGCCUGAAGGGGGCAGCACCCGGGCCAGACAAGGUUUUGAGGACAUAAGGAAGUGGGACGAGCACCUUUCUAUUGUCUUCACCUUGGAUGGCAAACAAAAGUCUCCCCGCCCCGCGCGCGAGACCAAACCGCUUGGACAACACCCGACUGAUAACUCGCGAUUCUUCUUAGUUUUCUGCGUACUCUUCAUCACAAUGCAGGAAACGAUUUUGAGUCCAGAGGCUUUAUUUAUGAACCUUUGAAAGGAACUUCUAGUAUGGUGGACCUCCUAGGAGCGAUGAUGUACUGUAAUUUUAUUUUAAUGUAUUUUGAUUUAUGAUUAUUUAUUAGUUUUUUUAAAAAAAUACUUGUUCUUAGACAUUUCUGAAUGUAGGCCGUUUUCCAAAAAGAAACUUUAUUUUCAAAAACCUAUUCCCUAGUAAGUUCUAAUCUUGGAAAAGAAAAGAGUAAAAGGGACUUGGUGAAGGGGAAAACAUUAAGAAUUCAUUCAAUUCCUUCAUUAUUCCUAGGGCAUUUUCAGAAUGUCUGACACUUUCAUUGUUAUGCCAGGUGGUUGAAAUUAAACUCUGUGAUAUAACUUCUUUUUUUUUUUUUGAGUUUUUUUUUUCCUUAGGCAUAUAUUUUGUGUAGACUAGAAGUUUAAAGAAGCUAAAUGUUCAUAAUUGUGUAAUUAUGAAAAUCUAAUUGUUUUUCUAAAAGGAAAUGGGUAGUGAUGAUAUCUAAUUCAAAAUAUUUAAAACAUAACCCAACUGAUGGCAGAAUGGUCUUAUUUGUAGAUGUGGUAGGGCUACCUCUACUGUAGGAGAAGAAAAGCCUCGCUUAUAUGAUCUGUGUGUGAAGGCUUUAAUAAGGAGAUUUCUAUGAUUUCUGAGUAUGAAUGCAGUAGGUGUUUCAUUUCAAAAAAAUAUACUAAGGGGCGAAACAGAAUCAUUCAACUUGUUUGAGACAACAUCUGUGCUUUGUCCACACUAGAGAUGACCCUUCUCCAAGGACUCUGCAUACAUUACUUGAACCAACGGUUUCUUCCUUUAUUAUAGAAGCAUACUCUAGAAUCUUAGCCUUUAAAAAUGCAGUUUAUAAAUAUUUCAAAGGACUAGGAGUCAUAACUUUGUUUUCAUACUGAAAAUAAUGUUGGCUAGAGAAACCAACUGUUUUGCUUUUUAUCGCUCUGUGAGAAAUUGGAGGGUUAUAUGUUUUGUUGUUAGGUUAACUAAACUCAGAAAUUGAAAAAGGAAGGACUGGAUAAACACUGGAUUUUCAGUAAGAAAACAACCCCAGUCUUGUUUCAGCAGCCACUUGUUCAGGAGGGGUAGGGGUGGGGGAGGAUGUGCUUUUAAAGGUAGAACAAACCCUCUUCUGUGUUAAAUCAAAAGGAUGGUCAAAAUCCACAAGGGCAGAUGCUACUUCAGUUUAAAACGAGCCAUAGAUGAUACCAAAUCCUCUUGGGGCUGAAAAUCACUUCCUAUCUGCAUGGCUUUACUAACAGGUCUUUGUUUUCCAUUAUCUUUUCCACAAAGUCUUGAUCAGUAUUUUUCCAGCAUCCAGUUUGGCGUGGUCAGGAUCAGCCCUCUGCUAAGUUACGUAGUCCAAAAAUGAAAACAGAAUUUUAUGCCAGAGAUGCCUUUAGUCUCCCUCCAUCUAGAAAGGAGUUUCAUGGUCACAUUUCUUUUUAGUGCAAUAUGUAAAUGAUGACAUUUUGAGAUCAUACCUCUAAAUCCAAAAAGUUGCAGGGGAAAACUGAAACUCGAGCAAGUGGCAAGCAGAAUUUAAGUGGAGUCCCACUUCCAGUGGCGGUUUAAGUUGUGGCUGUGAAAAUAUGCUGCCAAGAUUUAAAAACUCAUAUAUGUAUAAACAUAUAUAUGAUGGGCAGCUCAGAGAGCCAGAUCUAAAGAGUUUUGUUUAAGUCAAGUUUGGUUUGGCUUCUUUGGAACCACUGCUGGACUUUUUAGAGAAUGCCUCAUUGUACUGUAGUUUUAAUACAUGUAGAUCAUCUAACUCCGAUUAAACCACAGUUUUUGUCCCACAUAGAAUGAUUUUUCCUUCAAAUGCUUGUGCUAUAAAAAAAAUAGUAAAAUCCAUACUAAGCACCUUUAAAAUUAAGAGUCAUGAAGGGUUUUAAAAGGCACUUGUAUGUAGUUAGCGUACAUACAGGCUAGGUAGUGUCAUCAAAAAAAUUAUGCUGGCUGCUGGAGUUUUUUUUUCCCCACAAUGGCUAUGGGUCUUAAUGAGGCCAUUAGAAUCAUGGUGCCUCACAGCACUUAGUCCCUGGUCUGCUGUGAUAUUUAUGCUGAGUUGACCCGUUUUAGUGCCUCUCUAGUCUGAAUGCCUCUUAACAUUUAACUGAAACCUCAGAAAUGAGAAAGGAGAGGAGUAAGAUGGUUUCUGUUGUUUGAAACUUUGAAAUCAUUAUGGUUUAAUAAUUUUUCCAGAACAAAAGUACAGGUAUGCUUAAAACGGCUCAACAAAACAAAAUACAGAUGCAUGUCAUUGAAGGUGUUGGUGCUCUUUUCUACCCCUAAGAAAAUGAUGCAAACCACCUAAGGCAUUACGAGGCCUGAUAAAUCACCUUCAUGGAAAAAGGUAAAAAUACUUAUUUUAACUCAAGAAAAGGGAAAAGGAAAGGGCAGGUCUAAUAGAAAACCCACCCCUUAAAUAAACAUAAGAUGUAAAAAGUUGGAAAACUAAAAGGAAUGUCCCAUCUGGAAACUGAACUUUUGUCCUUGAACUUGUGUUGGCACCAAGCCUCAUACACAGUGAGCUCAAUAACUAUUUGUUGGGACAAAUGAAUGAGAGAAGGAAAAAAUGUGUAACUCCCUAGCACCCAGGAGGUAGUUUGUCUUGCCUCACAAAGUACUUCCUUUACUCGUUCUCAUGUCAUUCCUUGAGAACAACUAAUACUGAAUCAGGCUACCCCACAUGACGAAGCUCCUUAGGCAUACUUUCUUAGUGGAAGUCACAUAUGCGUAGAUCUGCGUAUGCCCUACAGGGAGUACUGAGGUCAGACAGUAAAUGGCUAUAAAGGACCCUUUCAAAAUGAACGUUUCCCUCAGAGGAAGCUGGGAUUCUCUCAUGUAGAAAUCAAACCAACUUUAUAAUUUCACUUAACAUAUUUUUUCCAAUGGAGGUUAAAAAAACCCCAAAACAGAAAACCCAACUCUUUGCUUAAAAAGAGUUCCCCUCACAUAUAAACACUGUUAGGAAGUGUGGCUUAAAUUGAAAGGCCUGUUUUAACUUUCUGCUCUCAUAUGUCAAACACUGUAUUUCUCUUACAGACUUCUCAAUUUACAUUUGACAUUAAACAAGUUUGUUGCCAGUGUGGGAAUUCAAACACAUCACUUGUUUACUGUCCCCAGGGAAAGUGACUUAGUUUUAGCCUGGCUCCAUGUGUUUACAAUGUCAUGUUCAAUAGCAGGCUUUGAAGAGGAGUCUAAGACUUGACUGAAACUGGGGCAAGCCCACAGAACAUAGAGCUUUGCAGGACGAGGUGGGCUGGUGAGCAUUCAUUUUCCUCUCUUUUUUGUAAAUGUCAAACAAAUUUGUUUUUGCUUUACCAGUAAAAUGCCCUCAGCAGAAUAAAAUUUAAAUUUGGAAAUUAUAGAGUUUGAUACUAAAUCCGUCGGUGAUUCUUUCAAGAAAAAUACACUGUUUGCCUAAAGCAACCUAAAGAUAUAUUAAUUGUGAAAUUGUGUUAAAUGGGUUUUUAAGAACUAAAAGUUCGGACACAGUUUGAAGGGUGACUUUUUGAUCUGCAGUGUUGAACAGGCAAUCUCAAGUUACAUAAUAUUGGAUGACAAAGUGAUCUGUGACUUUGUUGGUAGGACAUCUGCCAAAUGGAGUAUAAGAUCCAUCAGGAUUUUCUUAGAGAGGGCGUUGUUGUCCAAUGAAGAAAACAGGAGGAUGCUGGGUCAUUAGAACAUCCGCAUAAAAGCUGAAAAGAUCUGCCCCUCCAUGCUCUGAAGCUGGCCUGUUGGUAAUCAACUGGGUGGUGAGGAAAGAGGUUUUAAUAAUAGAUGGUCCUUCUAGAUCGCUGUAUUUAUUUUGAGAAGAAAGACAAAACAACUGUCUGUUACAUUCCACUGUCAGCUUUCUGCUUAAAGUUUCGGAAUAUGCAGAUGUCAGCUUCUGAAAGACAAAUAUUACCAUGUACCAAAUGCUUUACCAUCACAUUUGUGAACUUAGUGUGGUCAUAAUUUGUGUAAAUACGUCUCUUAAAUGGUUUUGGAGAGAUGUGAUUUAUUUUUCAUAUUUUAAAAAAUGCAUUCCAUUUCAAAUAAAGUAUUGAGAUGACCAA